CACAUUUCACGGUUCAGAAAACGUUCACGGCUUUGAUAACGGCUUUUAAUUUGGCUUAAAUAUUCGUCUUCUCCAAUGUGUUUAUAUAAUAUCAUUGCAUAAUAUCAUAAACAAUGUAUGACUUAUGUAUUAUUGGAGCUGGAAUGAUUGGGUCGGCUGCUGCCCGGCAUGCAACAGUCACUUCCGGUCUAAACACGUGUUUAAUAGGACCAACAGAACCAAAGAAUAGAGGCUAUGAUAAGACUAGUGGAAUUUAUGGUUCCUAUUUUGACGAGGGAAGAAUAACACGAUGUAUGGAUAAAGAUGCCGUGUGGUCAACUUUAGCACGAGAAUCAAUCCAGCGCUACAGAGACCUUGAACAACAGUCCGGUAUAAAGUUUUAUCAGGAAGUAGGAAAUCUUAUGAUAGGAGGAAGAUCUUAUUUGAAUAAGACCGAUGAAGUAGCGUCAAGAAAUGCGAUUCCUACCCAGAAGCUUGACAUUAAAUUGCUCAAACAGAGAUUCCCAUAUCUUAGGUUAACUGAAGAUACUAAUGGGAGAAUGGAGACAAAGAAAGCCGGGUAUGUAAAUCCGAGGCGAAUGGUUAAAGCUCAAAAGACAAUGGCAGCAAAACAAGGGUGCACAAUAAUUGAUGACGUGGUAAAUCACGUGACUCGUAUUGUACAAUCAGAUGGUUCUUAUGUGAUGUUAAUUAAGACAGAAAAGGGACUCUCGAUUUGGAGCAAAAAGGUGUUGUUAGCCACCGGAGCAUUUACUACCUUUAGGGAUGUUUUGCCGGAUGUAAGACCCGAACAAAUCAUUUCUCCACUCCUUGUGUCUUUAUUAGAAGUAGAGGAGGCAAACUUGAAAAUGUUCACAAAAAUGCCAUGUAUUAUCUAUUAUGGAAGAGCCAAUGAAGUCUGGCAGGUUCCGGCCUCACAUAAAACCAAAGAUGAGAUUUCGUUCUACAUGAUGCCACCAAUAAAAUAUCCUAAUGGAAAGUAUUAUAUUAAACUGGGUCUAAGAGAUGCCGCAAGUUCUGAAUCAAUAAAAACCCCAGUUGAUGUGACAAAAUGGUUUAAAGAGGGCAAUAAAGUUACGGCUAAGCAUGUGACUAAUUUUGCGAAAUCAUUGUUCGAUGGUGUUGAUUUUAAAUCCUGGCAAACUGACAGCUGCGUUAUAACAGAAACGCCCACUACACAUCCUUAUAUAGACAUGAUUCAUGCUCAGUUGGGCGUGGCUAUCGGUGGGAAUGGUUUUGCAGCGAAAUCGAGUGACGAGAUUGGUCGAUUGGGCGUCAGCAUGAUGACAAGCCAAUGGGAUUCAACAAUACCAAGAGACAUAUUAAAAUUCAAACUCUUACCAACAUACCCGAGCGAAUAUAAGGUCACAACUCUAAAAGGAAAGCUCUAACUGCAAGCAAAAACAAAUGAAAAAGAUCAGCUAAUGACAAGAGUAUGAUAAAAAAUAUAGGACACGUGCAUAUGACUUCAUCUGUACAUCUGUGUGGUGAAUGUUUUGUACAAAAGUGUUUGUUUUACAAACGAAGGAAAUAUACAAAUUAUCAAGACAA